CGGCGGGAUGAUGUUCAAGGAAAAAACCAGCGCGGAAGUUCAACAUACUUGAAAAGUGAAAGGAAGGAAGGAUUUUUACUCCAAGACUGGUACAAAUGUGCCAGAAUGGUCUUUUAUUAGAGUAAUAAAGGUAAAUGAGUGCCUCUCACUCUGUCUACAUCAACGAUGAGUGACGAAAAUAGUUCUGGUCCAUCACUGUUGUUCAAAAAGUCUUUGAACCAGGCAAUGUCUUCUUCGGGGUCUUGGAACAAGUUGGGCGGCGAGGACAGGAAGAGGUCUGGUGAUGACAAUCGUUUCACUUCUGUAGAGGUCUUGUCUGCCGAGGAUAGUAGUACGAAUGACAUCAUCAGGGAAGGGUUAAAGAACAUUGGAAGAUGCAAUACUGCACCCGCACAAGGUCAGAAGCCACGAGGCAUGAGUCUGAGAGGUCGUGGUAGGUUUAAGAGAUCCUCACCAAGCUUUCUGGGCAGUGAGUCAAGGUCAUCACCUACUAGUUUGUCUAAUGGAAUGACGCAGUCUUCCUAUGGAGACGGAAAUACCAAUGUGAUUCCUAGUUCAGAGCAUCCCAGUCAGGAAGCUGAAAAAAGCAGCGCUGGGUGUAAACUUGGAAAUAACAUUCUAAAAGGUGCAGUGCCUGCCCCUGAUGGAAAUACAAGACCUGAGAGCAAAAGUGCGCCAUUAGCUCAACACCAAGUGGACAGUUUGGAUGAAAAUUCCAUAGACCGAACACAAAAUUGUACAAAAGAUGUCAUUUCAAAUACUAAACAUCUUAGUAAAGUGCAGGUACCCAAGUCUCUUAUGAGCAUUGAGCCACUACCUGCCUAUCAAAGGCUUCGUGCGUCCAGCCUUCGAAGAAAAGACUUUGAUAAUGAAGACAAUAAAGCAGUCAAGUCAGCUGAUUUCAGAAAUAAACAGAGAACUGAGAAGACGAAACAUUCAAGGAGGGGCUACAGCCGCAACUAUAACUUUGAGGCAGACAAUAUGAAAUUUCGUAACGAAAUGAAACGUGGAGAGAAAAGGCAAAUCUUCUCAGGGAAGCAGCUUACUGUUCAGAGUAGAACUGCCUGUGCAGAGAGAGAAAGUAACCAACGUACUAAUGGCAAAAGCUCAACUUUUCCCUGUGGAGAUGGAAGGAGGCAGAAUCCAACCAGAGGGGAGGCUGGAGGCUCAAGAGAACCCAAGGCAAAUGAGAAAACAGAUAAGAUAAAUAAUAACAUUGUUUCCACUGAUAUUGGCAGGACUGUCUGUGAUAUUAGCUGCAAAAAUGUGACUCCAACGCCAACUACAGAAGAAGAUACUUCAAAUCAGAACGUUGGGGCUGAAAAAGCUAUGGAUUUCCCAAAUGAAAAUGAAACGAUAGAAAGGCAGGAUUGCCACAUUCCCUCUCACUUAAGUAAUUCUGGGUCAGUCAAGGCAAGAGAAGGGAAUCCUCGUCUUGACACAGCAUCUCAAGAACAGUUUUCUGAGGAGAGCUCUUGGUGUACUACCGUUGUUACUACGAAAUUUGCCAACAAUGUAGACCAUGAAAUAAAAGAAAAGGCUGAAGAGAGUGCAGAAGCCUUAGAUGUCAGGGAAUCUGUUAAUAAAACUAUUAAAGGCUUGUUUCACAGUUAUGAGAAGGACACAAAUUCUCUAGAGUUGUUUGAUGACAGAGUGACUGACUCACGAGUGUCUUACACCAGCUCUGAAGACUCUAAAGAACUUGGACAUUGCUUUGUUUCCAAUUCUGAGCGAGACAAAGAAAAUUCGUCAGAUUCUGAUCGAGUUUCAGUGUCUUGUGACGCAAAGAGUGAAGAAGAAGUUGCAAGUAUUUGUGAAGGCUCAUUGUCUGCUAGAGUGCAGAAACUGAGUCUAGACAGCGUUGAGUCCCAUUUGCAGUCCGGACUAGAAGAACAAAGGGAGAUGAAUGGAGAAGAUGAAGGCAGACAGUUACCUAGUGUGGAGUCUGGUAACACCUCCGAUUUGUGCUCAAAGCAUUCAUUUGAAACUCAGUACACUAGCUCUGUUUCUGAAAUCAGCAGUGAUGUAGAAGUUAAUGAUCACACUCAGAGCGAUGAGUUUGGCAGGUCGCAUGCGCGAAAUUUCUCUCCAUCAGGCUAUGAGCAUGAGCAAAUGAUGCCGUACCCGUACCAUUCGUACCAUAAUUUCGUGAACCCCAUGUAUCCGGACAUGACAAGGUGGUACUCUGGGUGGGGAGGCCCUGCAGGAUGGGGGGGCCGUGAGGACUACAUGCAAGGGAUGAUGGGGGCUCCUUAUCCUUGGUGGCACGAUUCAUUCCAGCCCCGGCAGUUCAGAGUGCCUGUGGAAUCUGUGGGGUCGGACCGUGCUCUAGACGACGUUGUCACAUUUAUACAGAUGUCCUUGCAGGAGAUUGAAAAGUAUGUUAAAACCCUUCACAGCCGUCAGGCUUCUGUUCCCAUGAAUGCAGUGAUUACCGUUCAAACAUCCCCGUCGUUUCCCGCUGGUCCACAUUAUUCUCCACCAUCUGCUCCGUCGGAAACAGAAUCUGAAACACAUCGUCGUUACGGAAAAAACAUUUCACCACAAAUGCAUGGUUGGGCACCACCACCACAACCACUUCCCACUCACCGCUUUCCCCCGUCACGGUCCCAACCGCAUUCUUCGUCGCCCCAUGGAGUAUUACCCCCAGCUCCCCCGUUCUCCCAGUGGCACGAGUGGUACUCUCACAUGAUGUAUGGGACAUCCAGGGAAGCUGGUGCUUCACUCGCUCCAGACAGUUCACAACAGGCAUACUACCCGCCGCAACAUUACUAUCGUGGUCAGUCGGGGGACGGUCAGCAUAACUUUUGGGCUCAAGAGGGAAGAGACAAGUGGCCCGGUCCUUGGAUGUUUCCAUCUGGAGGGUAUCCAGAAAGACAGAGAAUGUCGUCAUCUCCCCCAGAAGAGCUGACUGAGAAAGAUGGUGUUGAAGGAAGGCAUGUAUACAGCCCUAAGCCUGAGUAUGAUGGUGCGAUCGGAGCCCAGCAAUCCUUAUUUGAUACUAGAGAAGUGAGUGCUAAAAGUACCCCACUGGAAAAUGACAGACGGUCUUCCUGUUCAUCAGCAAGCAAGAGAAGUCGUUCUUCCAGCCGGUCCCGGAAUCAAGCAGACAAAAAUGGCAGCAGCUUUUCUGCUGAGGAAACCUCUUUAGUGCCUCCAUCUAAGUCCAGCAAACAGGAAGCCAAGAGAAAAGCAGAGGCCAACUAUCGAGGAUCAGUGAGUUAUUUCCUCAACCAAGAAAUGUUGUCAAAUAAAUGGACCACAUCCCCGUCUUCGAAGAGUCAAGGCACGACGUCUCAGAUUGUUAACAAGAAGCCUGUCAGGGCAUAUCAGAGGGAGGACGAAGAUGGCCUACAUUCAAGUGAAGUAACCCCUCUUUUCCCCGCCGCUGCUCGUGAGGCGACUUCUCUUCCCAGUCCAGCGGAGCGGCACAAAUUUAUGCCAACCUUGACUCGUAUAGGUUCCACUCGUACUACUCAAGAGGAGGUUCCACCUAUUGGCUGUGGUUAUAAGGGUGCUUGGGGUUUAGCUACCCAAUCCCCGUUGUCACCUCCAUGUAAGAAUGAAGGAGAUAAUACUCAAGGUUUACACAAUGUGGCACGCCAGGAACAGAGCUCCUUUUUGGACUCAAAGUCUCGACGCAGAUCUGAUCCUGUGAGGAAUGCAUCUACUUAUGACUCAUCUGACCUGAGAAGAGACUCUCUCAACAGGUCACUCACAGGGAAGCGAUUGGAAUCUGAGUCUGAGGGUUCUGUGACCUCUUCUGGCAGCAGGCGACGAGCUCAGGCAGAAACAAACUGGCGCAGAAUUGAUUUUCCUCGAGUGUGUCAACCCUUCGCAAAGUUUUCGGAUUUUCAAGACUGGGCGACAGCUUUCGUAGAAGGCAGCAAGAAGUACCAACACAAGUUCAUUGACUCGCAUUGUCACAUAGACUUUAUGUACUCUCGAUUGGGACUGGACAGGGAUACGUCUUAUGGGUUGUUCAGAGAGAAACACUCCAGCACAUUUCCUGUGAAUUAUGAGGGCUGUGUGGCAGUUUUUUGUAAUCCAAAAACAUUUCUCAACACAGACACUUCGUUGUACCCUACUAUAAGAGCUCUCCAGAAUGAAGAAGGUGUCUGGUUUGCCUUUGGGUGCCACCCGAAGAGUGCCACAGAGUUUAUGACAAAUCACCAAAUUGGUUUGAAGAGGCUCCUCUCGUUGAAACAGACAGUGGCUUUAGGAGAAAUUGGUCUUGAUUAUUCUAGCGGAUUUGACCGCCAUAAGGUUGUGCAAAAAGAAGUCUUUCGAGUCCAGUUGCACAUUGCCGUCGAACAUAAUCUGCCGUUGGUUAUCCACUGCCGUGAUGCGGAUGACGAUUGUCUGAGCAUCAUGAAAGAGAUUGUUCCUCGGGAGCACAAGAUCCAUGCUCACUGCUUCACCCGCAACUGGCCCACCGCCCAGCGCUGGCUCAACAUGUUCCCCAACCUGUGGCUGGGUCUGACCCCUCUCAUCUCCUACAAGACUGCCACCAGCGCCAUCGACACGGCCACAAAUCUGCCAUUGAACAGACUUCUGCUGGAGACAGAUGCUCCAUAUUUUGUCCCAGGCACCGCGCAUAAUGUAUGUUAUUUUAACCCUCAAACACCUCAUACCCUGUUCUUCUGGUUAGGUUCUCCUCAGUUCUCCCAUCCUGGUUUUGCUCUGUUCACCGCUGAGAUGGUGGCCAAGCUGCAGGGAGUGAACGUGGACGAGGUGCUGAAGGCGUGCAGGGAGAACACUCGCUCUAUGUAUGGCGUGUAGACGAAACUGUGGAGACAGCUAGAGGUAUCUUUAUACACAGCCUUCAGAAUUGUGUCCAGCAGACCUUUUGUCCUAAGACGUCAUCAGGCCAACUUCUGUGAACCGUGGCCUAAUGUCCUUGCACUUCUACCUGGCUGGUCCUGCUGUCUGACCAGCCAUGGAAGCACACUCAGAGACUCUGACGUGUUUGUCAACAUUAUCGAGGCCAUGUAUGCUGUAUACGUGCCAAGUGCUACUCAUUCCGGAGUUUUCUUGGAUUAUCUUGUUGGAGUGGAUUAUCUUGGAGUUGUGCCCCUUUUCCUGGAUUCCUGGAAAGACAUCAUGCUGUUCUGGGUUAUGGAGUUAUUUUAUUUGUUGUGUAUUUUCAAUUCAAGGACUGAAAUUGAAUUUCUUGUUGCGAGAAAGACAGGAUGAAAGCUGAACAUAAUAUCUGGCUGAACUUUUGCCAGAAGUUCAGGAAUUUUCACAUCCAGGAUAUCAUUCUUCUGUGCCCAUCCGUUUCUUCCAGUAUCUCUUGUUCUGUGGAUAUUAUACCGGACCAUACAGGAGCAAAUGGGCUUUGUGGUCUUGCUACUGUGGAUUUCUAUGAAGUUUCAUGUGAACAGCUCUGACAUUCGGACAUCUUCAGCUCACAGAGGUCUUGAUUAUCUGGGUAAAUCAGGAAGUCAGGAUUUCUGAAAUUGUCUGGAUUUUGCCUGACUUCUUGAUAUAAGAUGUUAUAGGCAGACCUGUACAUUUUUUUAGUCCUUGCUUGUGCGUUUCCACUGGGUCUAAAAAGGGCAGCUGUGCAUUCACGGAGUAGCUGCGUACUGCUGUGGAAUAGUUCGUUUUUAUAGUCAUGUCACAGCUUGCAGUAGAGAGGACUCACAAUACCUUCAAAAACCUUUGAUCUGUGUCUAGCAACAUUUUAGUUUGUUCUAACAUUAGAUAUAAUGGGUGAGCAAUAUAUGCUGGUCUGUUGUUCAGAUGUGCUAAGCCCAAAAUUUUGAACAUUUAAUCGUAAAAAUUGCUGUUUUUUAAUCUGUGACACAGAUUGCAUUUGCUUGAGAAAUAUUUUGUAUUGUAAAUUCAAAUUCUAAAUUUGAAAAUAGCACACACAAAAACUUUUAUAGGUACAAUUGGCCUUCUGGCAUUAGAACAUUCAAACAGCUUAUUGACAAGAAAAAAUAAGGGUAUGGAGUGGAGAUAUUGCUGAUUCUAUUCAAAGCCCAGCGGUCGCUAAAUCUAUUUCCACUUUAUCACAGGAGGUGGACUUUAGCGCAUAAUGUACUCAUCAACUUGCAUCUCGUGCUAUACUAAAUGGUGCAAUGUUGUAAAGCUAAUCAUUAUAUAGCUUUUGCCCCUUGUAUAAAGACUUAGUAUUUUAUGAACUGGAAAAGUUAAAAUCUGGCUGGCCUAUUUACUUUUGUCUAUUGUCCUUGAGGUUUAUUUAUACUGAUGAUGACCUUGAGAAAAGCAUUAUUGAAAUAUUUGUUUAGGUUUUUUUUGUGGACAUGCACCCAGAGUGUGGGUUAGUUAUCAUUAGGGUCAAUGGACCCCUGUCCCCAGAGUCAAAUGUGAAGUCUUCCUUGCAGGAUUAAUGUUGUAGAUAAUACUCUGAGCUGAAGGACUAUUGACUUAUCUUGGCGAGCACACCAAAUACGAUUGACGAGGUCAAAAGAAACACUAGAGUCCGGCAAAUGAUAAUGUUCAAGAAAUAUUGCUAGACAUCAAAUGUAUAAUGUGAUGCCAGGAGAGUUGUGAGCACCCUUCCCCUUACGCACACACAUGUGCACCAGUGGGUUUUUUUGGUCCUGAUUUGUCCUGAUGAGCUCAAAGAAGUCUGGAACAAACUUAUUUGAGAGUAUCAAAUAAGAACUUGAGCAUGGGGUAGAUCUUGAGAGGGUUUUUGGAAUAUUAUUUUGACAUGGGUAAGGUGGUGAGAUUUGGAGUCUUGUGGGACUUGAAGUUUUGGAGGAAAGCUGAUACCUAUUAUUGCAAAGGUGUCGAAUUUCCUGAUACAUCCAGAAAUCCGGUUUUCUUAUUUGUUGUAAAUGUAGUGUAUUCCUGUUUUUAUGCAUUUAUUUAUAUUUUAAUCUCUAUGUGCAUUCAUUGUGUUUAAAUGCAAAUAGUCUCUAUACAAGGUGCAUUAAUUAGACAAAUAUCCGUUGAGUCCCUGCCUGCGUUUCUACGCAGUUCAAGCUUGUUUUUUCAUAGCCAGUUGGCACCUGUUUGGUUGUCACAGAACUCAGUUUUGAGUUAAGAGAGUCUUGUCCUCGUGUGGAAUACAACAUACGUACUCACGCGGUCAGAGAUGUCAGUGUGUGUACACUACUUUAUGAUCUGGUAUGUUUGUCCGUCCCAACAAUUUUUGUUUUUCAUCCUCUGUACCUAUUGAACUGAAUGGGUGAUAAGGCAUUCCAUAUUUGUUGCUAUUUUAAGUAACAUAUUUUUCCACUGAAACCUUGUCAUUUGUGCCCUUUUUAAUUUGAGAUUUGUCCAUAAAAUUAUUUUUGUAAUCAAAAUUGUCUCAGACUUUAUUCUAUUAUACACUUAUUGUGUCGAAUCUCCCUCCUGGUGCUUUAACAAGAUAGUUUUUUAAAGUUUCAUGCGUAAGAUUCUCCUGAUUCCACUUGUCACGGGUAAACUAGUCUCAUGAUGGCGAUGUGUUACUUUGUCCAUUGUGUUGGAUUUCUCCUAUGUUUCUGAUAAAUACGGGUAUUUAUACACAAUACACAUGCAAUACAUGUACAAUAGUCAAGCGUUGUGAGUGUCCAUGAAACUGAAGAUUUUCUUUGGCAAGCGGAUGCCUUUUUUCUAAUGUACAGUCGGAUAGCAAUUGAAGAAUGGGUGAAAAGGCAUUCCAUAUAAAUUGUGCUAUAUUUUUCCACUGAAACCUUGUCAUUUGUGCUCUUAUUAAUUUGAUGUUUGUCCAUAAAAUUAUUUUUCAAAUCAAAAUUGUCUCACACUUUAUAUACUUAAUGUGUCGAAUCUCACUCCUGGUGCUUUAAACAAAAUAGUUUUUUAAAUUAACAUUGUGAAAUAGGUGCUCAAGCUCUGUGAUUUGAGAUAUAUAUAAAACAAUUUUUUACCGUUCAGUAUUCUUUUUUUGUCUUGUGGUACUUGAACUUUUUAAUGUGCCCAUAUUUGCCACCACCAAGUAUGAUGAUGGCCUUGGUUUUAUGGCAUUUUGUAUUUUGAUUUAUUUUUUUUUUCCAGUCACUGUUCAGUAUCAUAUUUGUAUUUUGACACAUUUCUUAGGAAUUUUUUUUUUUUUUUUUUUUGGUGUAUACUGCAGUUGUGUGACGGAUAAAUUUGAAAACAGGCUCAAAGACACAUUUUGAACCCCAACCUCUUGCUCUCUUCAUAGUCUUGUUUCUUUGAAGAAGGGAAAAGGCGUUGUAACAAAGCACUCUGUUGUUUAAUUUAUUGAAUUUGAAAGAGUUAACAAAAAUGUUUCGUAAAAAGCUUUAAUGGCAAAAUGAACAGUUUAUUUAUUGUACCGUAUCACCCGCUGUCCCUUUUUAGAAUUCUCAUUAUCCGUCCAAAUGUUCCAGGAGCUUUGUUUUCUAUUUUCAUGAUUGUGAAGAGUCUCAGUGCUGCAUAGAUCAGCUGAGUGCUAUCACAAACACUAAGAUAAGAUAAGAGGAUACUUUAUUGUCCAAGAUGGAAAUUUUCCACUGUGUGUGUGUUCAAAUUGUGUAUCUCUUCCUGCUCCUCUGUCAAAAUCAAACAUUGUGAGCUUUUAUGGUGUUUUUUUAAAGGCUG